AUGAGCGCGCGCCCUGAUGAGAGCUGCUGAAGUUGAUCUGCGCGCCGCUAAUGAAGAUAGUUGGUUGUUAAUGAGCUGCAGUUUUCUGCUCGGAGAUGCAGCGCUGGGUCGACAUGAGUCCUCGGCAGUGGCAGGAGUUCAUCAACCAGGAGGUGUGCGUGUCUGCCCGCGAUCAGCACUCCUUCACCGGCCGCGUGUUCACCGUGGACCCCGUCUCCGCCAGUGUGGUGCUGGUGAGUUUCGGCGAGAGCGAGCGUCCGGCAGUGACUCUGGUGUUGGGUCACGCGAUCUCAGACGUGCAGGUGCUCAGCGCAGGAUCAGAGCAGACGCGCAGCCGCAUGCGCAGUGUGUUCCUGCAGACACACACGCCGACACACACUCUGAGCGCAGACGAGCUGCAGCGGCGCAGGGAGAGCGUCCGCCGCUGGCUGCAGGACAACAGGAUCCCGGUGCAGGAGGACGGAGAGCUGCUGCGGGUGGCCCAUGCUCUCACCAUCAGCGCCCCCUAUGGGCCCGGAGACUGCAGCUGCGCUAACCAGAUCAUCCUGGCCCGAGUGCAGAGCCUGCUGGAGAACAACCCCGAGACCAGCGGAGACGCUCUGACCAAUGAGAGCACACAGGGCUCCGGUUAGGAACGCUUCAGUUUAAAGGGUCCGUUCACUCAUCAUGUACUCACUUUUACCUGAGUUUCUUCUGUUGAACACUAAAGGAGAUGAUUUGAAGAAUGCUGCAAACCAUUGACUGCAGGUUUUCAGAAUAUCUCCUUUAGUGUUCAACAGAAGAAACUCAAGCAAGUAAAAGUGCACUGGAAAAUUAAUUUAUUGCAUUUACUGCAUGUUCUUAAGGUCAGUGGUUGCAAACUAUUUAUACAGACUGAAUUUAAACUAAUUAAAUAUAGUA